AUGAACGCUAACGAGGAGAACCUGCUGAAGUCCAUCAGCAACGACGCGCUUCUGGACCUGACGCAGCGCUACGGCCAGUCCGCUUUCGGCUUUGGUCCGAGCCACGGCACUGGGAACCCGGCACGCUUUCCGCUGACACCUGCCACAGACUUCAUCUCUGGACAGACCACAAAGUCCAACGAGAGCGGCGGGGAACACACGAGUGACGACGAUGAUGCGUUUGACUCUCUGGAGUCCAGGAAGAGAGGUCCUUCUUUUGGGGACGACAAGCCCGGGGGCCCACUGGCCAAAAAGUCUAAAGAGCAGAGGUCCUUGCGGCUCAGCAUCAACGCCAGGGAGAGGAGAAGAAUGCACGACCUGAAUGACGCACUGGACGGCCUGCGUGCGGUUAUCCCGUACGCGCACAGCCCGUCUGUGAGAAAACUCUCCAAAAUAGCCACACUUCUUUUGGCUAAGAACUAUAUCCUCAUGCAGGCGCAGGCUCUGGAGGAGAUGAGGCGGCUUGUGGCGUAUCUGAACCAGGGCCAGACCAUUACGUCCCCCAUCCCUACUGCUCUGGCCCCCUUUGGACAAGCAGCCGUUUAUCCGUUCUCCAGCUCUGCUCUCGCUACUUGCGCCGAAAAGUGCUCGACUUAUUCCGGGACACCUUCAAGUCUCUUCAAACACUGUAACGACAAGCCUUGA